GUCGCAUUAUAAUUUAGGGCAUAAAAAAACUAAACUUACGCGACUGCACGAGGAAAGCCGGAGACAAGAGAACGCCAUGCUUCAGAUUCGGCUGAGCAAAGGAUCAUCGGCGGACGGCGGGAGAGGGGCGACGGAGAAGCCUCCCCCGACCUUGGAUACGGUGACGGUGGCCUGCCCCGACCACCUCGAGAUCGCCGACCUCCCCGUGGCGAAGAGCGUCGGCGCCGUCACCUCCUCUGCCGCCACCGUCAGGACGGUCGGACGUCGCUCCCGACGAAGCCCCGGUGAUCGGGUCCACUUCUGCAUCCGCUGCGACUUCCCCGUCGCCAUUUAUGGACGCCUGGUACCUUGUGAACAUGUUUUUUGUCUGGCAUGUGCAAGAAGUGAUGCUAGCUGCUACCUCUGCGAUGAACGUAUUCAGAAGAUCCAAUCCAUAAAAUUGUUGGAGGGGAUAUUUAUAUGUGCAGCUCUUCACUGUCUCAAAUCUUUUUUCAAGCAAGCGGACUUAGUGGCUCACAUCCAUGAAGUUCAUUCUGACCUUAUUCAAUCCAAUACCAAGAAAGAAGCAAUCCACAGUCACUCAUCCACAGAUACUCAUAAGCAAUCAAUAAUGCAAGAGACUUCCACUGCACGUGCUCCGCCCCAGCCAGGGUUCUCGGUCGGUACAAAUUAUCAGCAACAGAAUCAUGAUGAGAGAACUCAUAGCCAACAGUUUAAUGAUUAUCCAUCCACAGUGGAGGUACAACAUUUGAGGCUUAUGCAGUCAGACAACCUUCCUCAAGGCUCUGACAAGUCAAAUGCCUGGAUGAAUCUAUCUCAAGACUUCAUGUCCCAGGCUGGUCCUCAAAUCCAGCAAGUCUCGAACCAAUCUUUUGCGCAGAAUCACGGAGUUAAUCUUUUGCAACCGCCCUUGCAACCAAACUAUCAAUUACCUGUAAAUCACAACCAGGCCAUACUUCCCCCUGCAGCAGUUAGUUAUCCCCUUUCCGCAGAUGGGUCUCAACAAUUUUACGGUAUGCCCUAUCAACUUCCUAACCCAGAACAACUACAGACCGGUGGGCCAGUGCAGGGAUCAGCAUUGGGUUUUUCACCAGCUCCUGGAGGUAUUGCAACUUUUGCAGGCAAUGGACCACGGCCAUGGUUUACUGGUCAGAUGGUUGUACCCAUGGAUCCUUCGGUCAUACUCACUCAAGGGACUUUGCAAGGGUACACAAAUCUAACUGAUGCACAGAGAAACAGCCAGCUUUCAGGAGGAUGGCUGCUGAAUCAACCUCAAAUUGGUCAGGACUCAAAGGUCCAGGGUGUUCCAGCUGUUAAUAGCGACAGUAAUGGUGUCUUUGCUCAGCAACUCCAGCAACCAGGAUCUUUACAAAUUCAACUCCACCGCUAGCUUUGCCGAUGAAUCAGCAGCACAAAUUUCUCCAGUUUUAGCUUGGUAAAUCAAGAGGGCCGAGGGUAUGGUUGAAUGAAGCUUUGCCAAUGGUUAUAAAGAAUGCCUAGAGCUUGUGUCAAAUAAGCUCCUUAUUGCUCUGUUCCAUCUCAGGCCACCCAUGUAGUGGCUUCUCUAAUUGUGUCGAAUACUUUUUAUUAUUAUUAUUAUUAUUUUCAAUUGUAGUUUUUUCUAUUGUAUAAGUUGCGACCAAUUGAUUUUAAAUUUCUCAUGAAUUGUUCACAAAUUUCACUUUGUGGAUUAUGUUAUUUAG